AUGAAGAGCGCCUGGGCACUAGCUGCAGGCCUUGGAGCCGCAUUUCUCCCCAACUCUGCCUUCGCUAUCAUAACGAAUACUCUGAAGGCUCCUAACGAGCGCUUUGUUCUCAAUGCACGUCAAGCAUUGAUAGCCGUCGAGGCUACAUCUGCCAAAUUAGCUGAGAUGGAGAACGCCUUCCCCUCUUCCAUCGUCGUGGCCGACCCCUACGGCUAUCCCAUCGCUGUCCUACGUAUGGAUAAUGCAUUUCUCGAGAGCUUUGACACUUGCGUCAGAAAGGCCCGCACGGUCAGCCUCUUCAACGGAGCCAUCACCUCUGGUGAGUUGGGACCUCUGGUCCAGCCUGGGAGUGGGGAAUACGGCCUCGAGCAUACGAACGGCGGCAUGUUGCCUGUUGCAGGCGGCGUGCCUAUAUUUAUCAACGGCACUUUCUUUGGCGCCAUCGGCGUCUGCGGUGGAUCUGGCGAGCAGGAUAUUGAGGCUGCUACUGCUGGAGUUUUGGCUGUCGGCGGAACACUGACGCCCUGA